AUGAGAUCUUUUCGCUUUGAAGAUGAAGAUGAAGAAAAGACAGUAAUCAUUAAAGAAAUAUUAGAUCCAUCUUAUGGAUGCUAUUUGUGGCCAUCAUCAUCAGUGCUUGCGGAAUAUAUUUGGAGGAAAAAAGAUUUAUUCCGAGAUAAAACAAUCUUGGAACUUGGUGCAGGAACAUCACUACCUGGUUUUCUUUGUGCCUUACUCUCUCCAAAUAAUCAUGUAAUAUUAACUGACCGAUCGGAUGUACCGCAAAUUCUUGAAAAUAUAAAACAAGCUGCAGAGCUUAAUGGGAUUGAGGCAGCAUACGAGAAUAAUAAUGAUAAUCUCGAGAAAAGAGUAUGGAUCCGUGGAUUAAAAUGGGGUGAAUUUGAUGAAAGGGGAUUAUUUUGUUUGUUGGAUGAUCUUGAGAAAUUGGGAAGACAUGUCGAUUGGAUUUUGGGUAGUGAUACUUUUUACGAUCCAAAAGAUUUUGAAGAUUUGAUCAGCACUGUCGCAUACAUAUUGACAUUUCAUGCACCGCCCCAUGCAAAAUUUCUAACUUCGUAUCAAGAAAGAAGGUAG